GAUAAGGCUGGUGCCGGGGGCCGGGUGAAACUAACAAACCACCAGCAGAAUAACUUCCCCUUAACAGAAUACAGAACAAGUCGUUCUACUCCUCCCCCCCCCCAUUCUCUCCAAAGCUCAGCUAGCUGCAAAUACAGCUCCAGAAUCUCCUCAUACUCUAUUUCUAUCAUGUCUUUUCAACAGAGAAAGUGUUUCUAGUCCUAUUCUUAGUUGAAUGGCAGUUGGAUGAGAUGUGUUGAUUCUUGAUUUACACAUAAGAGACUUUUACAGCAUGGAUUCUCAGGAGGUAGAGGAGCAUAGAGAUAGAAUGUAUAAGACCAUAGUACAAAGUUCAUCAUUUGCUCUGAAUUUGAAAACGUUCAAUAUAUACUUCAGUGACAGCAAACUGAAUCAACAGCUUCAAAUAGUACAGGAGAAUGGGGUUUACAUUCUGUUUGGAAUGCUAAAGAUUUACUGGGGAACUCAGAAGGUGAUACGACUGAAGAAAGAAGAAUUGAGUUGGAAAAGGAAGACUACACGCCUCGGGUAUGACAGUGGGCUUGAUGAAAAGCUGAUGAGUGCUAUGGGAAGUGGUGCUAAAAACAGACGCUCGCUGACAAGACAGCAUGAAAGUCUGCCUGAGUUCUCUGCUAAUGAUGGCAAUGAUCAUGAUAGCCAGGAUGACCAAGAAAGAACCCAGAAUAGUUCAGACACUACUGCACGAAGAGAUCGUAACUCAGAUGCUGGUUUAGAUUAUUGGAAUAAACAGGCAGUGAAAAGAAAUGAUGACAAAAGGAGUGAGAAAGGUGACACUGGGGAAGAGGAUGAAGAAAACACAGUGGACGAAUCUUUUGGAAGAAUGGGACUUUCUGUAACAAUGCCUCGCAAGUGUAACCUACAGAGAAGAACUAUGUCAUUUAGUGGUCAUCUCUACAAUAGCAAAACAGCAGUAUUCAGACCAAAGUAUGGAACAAUCUCUAAUGUCAGGGUUUCAAGCAGACAGACAACAUCCGAAGUCAUCAGUAUGCUACUGAAAAAGUUUGCAGUGGAAAAUGUUCCUGAGGAGUUUAGUCUUUUCUGGGUUUUGCAGCAUGGAGAAACCCAUGCAUUCCAGCCCAAUGACUUUCCAUUGUUAAAGAGAGUACAGCUUGGACCUGAUGAGAACGUGGCCAAGAUAUUCAUCAAGGAGAAGAAAGCUGGUGAAGUAUCUCCUGAGGUAGCACAGUAUGUCAAUCUUCAGUUCUCUGAGUUGCAAGCCAUUCUGAGGAAAUUCCAAGAGGAGGAGGAGAAGGAAGUUUUGAAGAUUAAACAACGAUACUCUCAGUAUAAAGCUAAUCUGCAGAAGAAGAUCUCACUCCUGCCAGUAGAAGUGGUUAAAGAAUCAAAGUCUCAAACCAAACACAAGGGAAAAAUCAAGAAGAAAGGCAAAGACAAAGGCAAAGAUAAGAAGAAGAAGUGAGACAAAUACUUAAUCUUAAACAUAUAAUGAUUAAUUAAUUUACAUUGUGAGGUAGUAUCCUUUUGUGUACCACACACAAAGAUCCUUGUCAAUUGAUUUGUAUAACAUGUACCAUCCAUUAGUCUGCCAUGUACUUUACUGCUGUGACAUUCCAUACAGGUCCAAUACUGAUAAUUAAAGGACACUUUGCAGUGACAAAGUAAACAUUUCCUGCUCCAAAUGAGUCAAGAUUCUGAAAAGGCAGAAAAGGUUGGUACAUCGAGUCAUCUAUGUUGAUAUAUAUUGGGUUUGCGGUAACACCAUGUCUUUAUCUACAGCAUGUAUAUUGAUCCCUCUCCAUGCAAUGCCGUCAUUUACACUGUACAUAGUUGUUUGGAAGUUUUUUAAAGAAUGGCAUUUUAAAAAUAUAUUUAUUGUUUACUAUGAACAAGUUUCAAAAGACAAGCAUCUAUGUGUGAGUUAUAUAAAAUACAAAUUGAAUGCAUUUUAUUUGUCCAUUGUGACGCAGAAUAUAAUCAAUGAAAUUGAUUGGAAAUGGAAUAGUUUAGAAUUCACCUGGUGAUUAUGGUUUGUCACGCUGCACUCAAAUGCAUCCUUUAUUUGUAAAACAAAAAUGAUUACAAAAUAUAAACAAGCUGGUGUCAUUUCUAUUUGCUACACCCUACAUUUGGUACAUGUCAAGCCAUGGUUCAUUUCAAGAUUGUACAUGUACAUGUUGAUAGCGGUUUACAUAGCCUAAUGAGCCUUGUAGUCUCUUGUCAAGCUGUCCGCAUAUUCACACUGCAUUGUUUGAAACUCAUCAAACGGACAACACGCCACCUCAACAGUGACGUCAUCAGUGUCAAAGUAAUAUUUGAAAUUCUACGUUUUAUAUUUGAAAACCCCGACUCCUAAACCACACAAGGGAUUUUGACAAUCUAUACAUCUUUGGAAAGGUCUUUGAAAACUUAAUAAAAUCAAACAGACCCAAGUCUUACCUUAACGUCUGGUCUAGACUGGAAGUUUAAUUGAAUAAAAAACCUAUUUUUAACUCUGUAGCCAAAAUGGAUGGGAGUUUGAGCAUAGUAAAUGUGUAUGAAAUAACCAUUCAUAAAUACCUUAGACAGUUUCGCUAUUCCUAUUGGUGGAGAGCGCGUUA